AUGGCGGCUUCUUCAUGCGCGACGCCAACAAUCCGUAAACUUGACGAGACCGUAGUGAAUCGUAUUGCAGCCGGCGAAGUAAUACAACGACCAGUAAACGCUGUCAAAGAAAUGAUAGAGAAUUCGCUGGAUGCAAAAUCGACCGCCAUUCAAAUCACCGCCAAAUCAGGCGGGUUAAAAUUUCUACAAAUUCAAGACAAUGGUUGCGGAAUCCGUAAAGAAGAUAUGGGCAUUGUCUGCGAGCGCUUUACUACUAGUAAAAAUAGCAAAUUCGAAGAUUUGAAUAAGAUCGCCACGUACGGUUUUCGUGGCGAGGCCUUAGCUAGUAUUAGUCAUGUAGCGCAUGUGACCAUUAUCACCAAAACGGCAGAAUCAAAUUGUGCUUUUAAAGCACAGUAUUCGGAUGGUAAGCCGAAAGGCGAGCCAAAGCCCUGUGCGGGAAAUAGAGGCACUCAGAUUACGGUCGAAGAUCUAUUUUAUAACAUCAUGACACGAAAGAAAGCCUUGAAAAGUCCGGGCGAGGAGUAUGCCAAAAUUGUUGAUGUCGUUGGCAAAUAUGCAAUUCACAACUCUGGGGUUGCAUUCACAGUAAAAAAACAUGGUCAGAACCUCGGAGAUGUGAGAACUUUAAAUACAUCUAGCAUUGUUGAUAAUAUAUCGACAAUUUAUAGUGCGAGUAUUGUUAAGGAAAUCCUUGAGAUUUCCUGCGAUAAUCAGCAAUAUGGUUUUAAAAUGAAUGGCUAUAUUACAAACGCUAACUACUCCAUGAAACGACUUACAUUCGUGCUUUUCAUCAACCAUCGGUUGGUAGAUUCUAGUGCAAUUCGAAAGGCAAUAGAUGCUGUGUAUUCUGCCUACCUCCCAAAAGGGACACACCCUUUUGUGUACCUAAGUCUUGAAAUUAAUCCCCUGAAUGUUGACGUGAAUGUCCACCCAACCAAACACGAAGUUCAUUUCCUCCACGAAGACUCAAUCAUUGAGAUUAUUCAGAAACAACUUGAAGAGAAACUCCUAGGUUGUAAUUCAUCUCGGACUUAUUACACACAGAAGUUGUUACCAAAUGCCAUCCUUGAAACUGGUGAUAUAAUACCAGGUUUGUAGCUUGUCUAUAAAUGGAUUUUUGGCAAUUGCUCCAGGGUGAGCACCAUGCCUCUCUGGUAGGUGCAAAUGGGGAAAACUUUAAGAGCCCACUUUAUAGGGUUGUGGGGGAAUCUUAAGGUUGUGGGACCCAUUUCUUGUUCAAAUACAGGACUACCCACCAUAUCAAUGCUACCCAUCGGUCUCCCAAUAUCCUAGUGAGCAUGCUUUCACUGAGAGAAGCAUUACACCUUGCCUAACAAAUGAGCCCAGAUCCACCUCACUUUUUGGUGGGUGGACAUAUAAUGCAUGAUUUUGUGUUAUUAUAGCUGUAACAGUUUUGCAACAUUGUACAUUCCCCUUGACACCUCUGACCUAACUUUCACAACCAUGGACAAUUUAUUUGAAUUUAGUAACUUCAACACUGGAUAACAUGUUCAUGCAUAUGAUACAUACAAUGAUGUGUUAUAGAUAAUAGUUCAAGCAAGACAGGUCAGAGAGUGUACGACCAUCAGCUUGUGCGGACUGACAGCCGAGAACAAACGCUGCAUGCUUUUGUUAAACCUCGACCAACCACAAGUUCGCAUGCAAGGUAUGUCAUACCUGGACUAAGACUUACACUCUCAGUGAAUGAGUCUGACUGACAGAUAUAGAUUAACCUGUUGAUCUUGACCUACUAAACAACCAAUGAAUGACUAACUGACAAAGUCACAAUGACUGACAGGUUGACUCGCAAACUGAUUAACCAACAUGCUGGCUUGAUCAACAGCCAAUCAUUCUCCACAUACAGCCAAUUCAAAAAGGUUGUUCUUUGAAAAACUCUAAACCUUAAAGGUGAUCUACAGUCCGAUCUGCGCAUGUGCACAAAUGAGCCCACUUUUUAUGAUACAAACAGUUUAACUAUGUUUUGAGUUCUUGAAAAGCCUGAUUGUUGUUUCUUGAUCAUUUAUUAUACUCUAGAAGCUUGAAAAUAUAAAUAGUUGUCGAAUAAAGCUCAAUAUUUUGGACACAAAAAUGUAAACAAAGGCUUUGUUUACAUACGGACUGUAGAUCACCUUUAAACACUAAGCGUGCAAAGCUUAAUGGGAGUAGUUGAAUAAGCUUAGUAGUUGAAUAUUGUGAAUUAUUUGUUCAUGUCUCCAGAGUGAGAUAUUUACCAUGUCUCUAAGAAAUGGGCCCCAUAUAUGAUUUCUAAACUGGUUAAAUUAUGCUUCCAUUAUGCUUUGCACGCUUAGAGUUUAAGGGUUUUAGUCAAAGGACAGACUUUUUUUAAUUAGCUGUAUAAAUUAACAUCCUUAAUUUUACAUUCAGCAAUUUCUCCCUUUUAAACAAUCCCUAUUAUUGUGAAUAAAUUGUAGUGUUUUAAAAGCAAAAUCCUUGCUAUUUUCAAAGGUUUUUCCAGUUUGAAUUUACUGGAGAAACGUCCUUGAAAGGUUCUUUGAUUUUCAUCCUCGCUAAAGAGUAAAGGGUGGGAACCCUGCCCAAUGAAACUGACCCAUAAGUGUCCGAACAUCUAUACUUGUCCAUCAUCCUGUGUUUCCUCAUAAUGCGCACCGAAAGUCUGAAAUCCACCAAUAUAAUGUAUAUCUUACAGUAGCAGUGAAACAGGAGAGAUAGCAGCGUCUGUUGAUUAUUCUGGUCCCAGGAAUGAAAACAAGGUUAUUGAAAUUCAAGAUGAAGAUGUGACAGCAAUGGAGAUUUCUGGUAAUGAAAAUGUAGUUGAACAAGCUUUAGAACACUGCAGCGCUUGUGUGCAUGAAACUGGACGAGUUUAAGCACAACUUACCGUACAAAUGCCUGUGUGAUUCGCACUCGCAUAUUUGGGUUUUUAGACCCCGCUCCACUCAAUGGGCUAUCACGUCAACGGGGAUUGGUAGGCUGGUAGCGAGUCUUUACCAAUCUAGGUGCACGAAAUUGUACGAUUAAAUAUGAUCAGGGGUGGAAAAAAUAGGCGAGCACGCGAGCACUGCUCGCAGGAAAUGUUAAACAGCUGCAGGAAAUUCAUUUGAAUGAAGAUUUGACAUUCCAUUUUACUUUGAAAUUCACAAGUGACAAUUGGACUUACUGUAGAAACGUCAUCAUAACUAUGAGUGAGAAUGAGUCAUUGUCACACUUAUCAUACACUAUUCUAUACAUUGAUAACAUCUUUGAAUGUGGCUAUAUAUUGAAUUUAUAUUGAUACAUUUGGGUCAAUCCAAAAUGUACUUUAAAAUAUAUUGUAUAAAUUUGUUAUAAUACAACACCGAUAAUAUUGGCAACAAAAAUACCAAUAAGCAAUACCAAUAUUUUUAUAUAGGGCCGAUAUACCAACAACCGAUACGCCGAUAUAUAUUAUAAAUAGGGCCGAUAUACCAAUAUCCGAUACGCCGAUAUCUAUAUGUAGUAUUUAAAACACGAGAAUGAGUGACUUGAGUGUUUUAUCAUAUUUAAAACGCGAGGCGCAGCCGAGCGUUUUAGAUAUGAUAAAACGCGAGUUCGAGUGUUUUGAAUAGCUUAAAAUACGACUACAAAAGAAUGCUAAUUAGGAUGAACAAUUAUAUAAUCAUACUAAUUAGGAUGAACAAUUAUAUAAAGAAUACUAAUGAAGAUGAGUUUUAUCAGAUAUAAAGUCACUCCACGUGAUUUAUUAUGGCUGACAUGAUUUGCCACAAGGUUUAUGAAUUUUUAAUGAGUAUUUUAAUUUAAUAUAGAGCCGAUAUACCAAUGUCCGAUACGCCGAUAUCUAUAUUAUAAUAUAGAGCCGAUAUACCAAUAUCCGAUACGCCGAUUAUAAUUUAGGGCCGAUAUACCAUUAUCCGACACAUAUAAUUUAGGGCCGAUAUACCAAUAUCUGGUACGCCCAUAUGGAUAUCGGUUUAUCACUACAAGAAAUAUUUUCGCGACGAUUUAUUGCUUGUCUUGGAGAUUCAAUUCUAUUUCAGAACCAUUCUCAGAAAUAUGUAAAACUAGUUUCAUACUAUUCUAACAUAUGAUGAAACUAUAGUUUUUCAUAUCUCUGAGAAUAGUUCUGAAAUUUGUCGCUGUAUACUUUUCAGAUUCCAGCGGGACCAAACCUGGCGGCUCAAACACAUCACCAUCACCCAACCCAGAGCGUCGCGAAAUUCGUCUAUCAAGCGUGUUAGAGUUGCGAGCUGAAAUCGACGGAGCGGAACAUAAAGACCUUAAAGAAAUGCUUCAAAAUCAUAAAUUUGUUGGCUGUGUUGAAAAAUCACUGGCAUUGAUGCAACAUGGUACAAGAUUGUACCUAACCAACGUAACUUCGCUAAGUACAGAGCUGUUCUAUCAAAUUGCUCUCUUCGCAUUUGGUAAUUUUGGUCAUAUUCGCCUGAACCCACCCGCACCUAUAUCCGAACUCGCACUUCUUGCCCUGAACGCCCCAAAUUCGGGCUGGACUCCAGAAGACGGUCCAAAAGAAGAACUAGCAGAAUACGUUUUGAAAAUUUUGAAAGAAAAAUCUGCCAUGUUGGCAGAUUAUUUUUCCUUGGAAGUAGACACCGAUGGGAAUUUGAAAUCGUUGCCGAUGUUGUUAGAAGAUUAUGUGCCCAAUCUUAAUGGUUUACCUAUGUUUGUACUGAGAUUGGCCACAGAGGUGUGUAUUCAAAGAUUUGCAGUGGCUGUUAUGCAAAUUAUAGGGUUGCAGGUUUUUUUUAGACACCCUGGUCCCUGUGUAGCAUCUCUGAUCGCAUUCGCUCAAAACUAACAUCGUUCGUUCAUAGAUUAACAUAAAACUAUCUUUCACAGGUUGACUGGGAAAGCGAGAAAGAAUGCUUUCAAUCGUUUGCAAAGGAAUGCAGCAAGUUCUACGCAUUCAAGCCUGACCCUUACACCGGGGAGGAGACAAAUGAAAAUGGACAUGAUAAAAACUGGACGUGGACUGUCGAACAUGUGCUUUUCCCAGCCUUCCGUUGUGGAUUGAUACCGCCGAAACGUUUAGCUGAAGAUGGGACGUUACUUCAAGUUGCAAACCUACCUGAUUUAUAUAAAGUGUUUGAACGAUGUUGAUUGUACCUCAGGACUAGUUUAAUAUGCAUUCAAGAAGACCAGGUAAAGACAACGUGGUGAGAUCAUUUAUUAAAUUGAUGCAGUUUUCAAUAAACAAUUAUAUUGGUAAGAUCAUUCAUUAAAUUGAUGCAUUAUACGUAUCCCCACUAUCGCUGAUAUCACCCACAAUGGUUACGUUCAUCAAUGUAGUUGUUACGUGUUUUUGAGAGGCUACCUCAAAUGCUUCUUAAUUAUACAUUAUUUUUGAAAGUUUCUGUAAACUUUAUAAUUAAUAUGAAUCGAUCAUAUCGAAAGCUUAAAG